UCCGAUGCCAGCUCCGCCGUGUCGGCGAAUCCGGCAGGCGCACCACCACAGAAACCUCUCCGUCUCUCCCUUCCCUUCAUCAGUUUCCAUUCAAAAAACCCACAUGCAUUAGCUUCUGAAGGAUAUCGGAGGAGAAAGAGGAAUCUCCAAUUCGAAACUCAGUUUCCGGCCACCGAUUUUCCAGUAUAAGGUGAGAAUCGCCAUCUCUUCUUCAAAGACAAUCCGUCUAUGCUUUUAGUUUCUCAAUUCGAUGGUUUCUGAUCAAUUUCAAUUGUGGGUUUCCUCGAUGCUGCUGUUUCUUCCCGGCAACGUUCUCCGCCAUAACCACCGAGAGACCAAAGUGAGGUUUGGGAGCCCAGUUGAGCAGCUGCUGCAAUUUGGGUGAGAAGCAGAGGGUAUAUAUAGGCGUUGGAAGUUACAGGAACGAAGAGGAGUUGUAGCUUUGAAUUUCUGGUUCCUGGAAAAACAAUUGGAGGUAAAGGCUUCACUGUUUCAUAAAUUGAAGGUUUCUGGGUACUGGGAAUGUGUAGAGGUGCUGUGUGUUUCAGAAAUAAAUCAUAUUGUCCCUUAAGAGUGAUCGGAUGACUUUUUGAUAGAGAAAGGGGGUGGGUAUAGAACACAGAGAUGGAUGGGAAGAAUAUUGUGUAUGUGCCUUUUAUCAGAGGAAGACAGAAAGAUGAUUAAAAUAUAAUCAUAUCUUACAAAAUGCCAACAACAGACCCUUGUAUAUACAAGCCUAAACUCUCAAAGUCUUCAUAAUGCUCAUUUCCUCGAACCUUCCUUUCACUCUGGCGAUCAGACCCGCCAUCCUCAUCUCUCCACUCUCAAGUUUCAUUGUUCAUGCAGUAGGAUUGGGGGUUUCAGAAUCGAACUCAACUUAAAAGUCUACGUUACCAAUGGCCACAAGUAGGAAAUCCGAUGAAGCCUCUUCCUCAUCUGAGCCAUCCUCCUCAAAUCCAAUGAUUUAUGACGUUUUCUUGAGCUUCAGGGGUGAAGACACGCGCAACAACUUCACAGGCCAUCUCUACCAGACCUUAAAGGAUGCUGGGAUCAAAGUUUUUAUUGAUGAAAAUGAACUCCAGAGGGGAGAGAUUAUAAAUGAGGAACUGCUGCGUGCAAUCCAAGGCUCCAAAAUCUCUGUCAUUAUCUUCUCAAGAAGGUAUGCAGAUUCAAGUUGGUGUCUUGAGGAGCUAGUGAAGAUCAUGGAGUGUAGAACAACACUGGGGCAGCGAGUCGUCCCAGUAUUUUAUGAUGUUGAUCCUUCAGAUGUCCGGAAACAGAGCGGUACAUUUGGGGAGGCUUUUGAUCUUAAACAUGGAAAGAAAGAUGAAGAUAUAGUGAAGAGGUGGAGAGCUGCUCUUACUGAUGCUGCAAAUUUGUCUGGCUGGGAUCUUAAAACCAAAGCUGAUGGGCAUGAAGCGAACUUUAUACGGAUGCUUAUUCAGGAGAUCUCUAAAUUUCUCAACAAUUCAGACUUAAAGGUAGCGGACAAUGAAAUUGGAAUAGGCUCUCGUAUGAAAGAUAUUGUUUCUCUUUUAGAUGUUGGAAAACGAAAUGAUGUUCGCAUUGUUGGAAUUUGGGGUAUGGGCGGGAUUGGGAAAACAACAGUUGCAAAGGCUCUUUACAACAAAUUUCAUCAAAGCUUUGAAGCUUCAAGUUUCCUUGCCGAUGUCAGGCAAACUAUGCAAACAAAGGGUAUGGUUAGUUUGCAAGAAGGGCUUCUUUCUGAUAUCUCGAAAACGAGCAUGUCAGAGUUGGGUCACGUUGCCAGAGGGGUCAAUGUGAUAAAAAAUAGACUCAGAUGCAGAAGGGUAUUUAUCGUGAUUGAUGAUGUUGACCAUGUGGAGCAAUUGAAGGAAUUAGCAAUAGAACGUGACUCAUUUGGUUUGGGAAGUAGAGUGCUUGUAACAACAAGAGAUGAACAUUUGCUAACGCAACUUGAUGUGGAUUUUACAUAUCAAGCUCAACUGAUGGAUGAUGAAGAAGCUCUCAACCUCUUUACUUUGCAUGCCUUUAAAAAUCAGUGUCCUAAUGAAGAGUAUCUUACACUCUCAAGAAGAGUUGUUGAUUGUUGUGGAGGUUUGCCACUGGCUCUAAAAGUUCUUGGUUCUUUCCUAGUUGGUAGAAGCACAAGGUUCUGGGAAUGUGCAAUCAAGCAAAUGCAAGCACUUCCUUUCCAGGAAAUUCAAGAAAGGCUCAAAAUUAGUUACGAUGACCUAGAAUAUAAUCAAAAGGAGAUGUUCCUUGAUAUAUCGUGUUUCUUUAUUGGGCAGGAUUUGGACCAUGUCAAGGAAAUCUUAGAUAGUUUUGACUUUUCUCCAGAGACAGGAAUUGAGGUCCUCAUUCAACGUUGCCUUGUAACUGUUAAUGCUACUAACAAGCUGAUGAUGCAUGAUUUGCUUCGCGACAUGGGUAGAUCAAUUGUUCGUGCAAAGUGCCCUGAAAAUCCUAGAAAAUGGAGUAGAGUGUGGCACAUUGAGGAUACAGACGAGGUGUUGAGAAAUGAAUCUGAAUGUGAUGAAAUCCAAUGACUCACUGUAAAUGGCACCAAGAUAUCUAAGACAAUAAGUACCAAAGCAUUUGCAAAAAUGAAGAGACUGAGAUUCCUGAAGCUCAGAAAUUUGGAGAUCACUGGAGGCUACAAAUAUCUCCCAAACAAGUUAGAAUGCCUGGACUGGCUUGAUUUCCCUUUGAAGUCUAUACCGAGAGACUUUAAUCUUGGAGAAGUAGUUGCUAUCUAUUUGCGACGGAGCCAACUCAGAUACGUUUGGAAUGAUUCUAGGGUAUUUUCUACCAUCGAACUACUAAUUUGUUUCCUUGGUUUUACUCAGAACAUGAUGUUCUCUUAUUUUCAUUUUUUGUUUCAACCUUGU